AUGGCGCACCAGAGGGGAAAAACUGAGGAACUUGAGAAAGAAAUUGAAAAUCUUCGAUUGUUAUGUGGCGAUAAUUCUACACCUUUAAAUAAUAAACCUGAACUCGUGUAUACAGAAGCAGAAAUGGAAGAAGUUAGCGAUUUUCUAGAACAGGAACGAACUCUAUCUGAAAUUCUCAGAAAGCAAAUCUCGUUUCUAGAAAAUGAGAUAGAAGAAGUGAAAAGAAGUUUUCACGAAAGCAAAAAAGCGCUUGAGGAAAAGGAUGAAUUGAUUACAGCAGCACGGAAUGAGAUAAAAGAACACGAAAGUUUAAUGGAGAAAACGGACGUGGAAUUAAAUAACGUGAAUAUGCAGUUAUCAAACACGAAGGAGGAACUAAGCAACACGAAGAAGGAAUUGAGAAACACGAAGGAGGAACUAAGCAACACGAAGGAGGAAUUGAGCAACACGAAGGAGGAACUAAGCAACACGAAGGAGGAACUAAGCAACACGAAGGAGGAAUGGAGCAACACGAAGGAGGAACUAAGCAACACGAAGGAGGAAUUGAGCAACACGAAGGAGGAACUAAGCAACACGAAGGAGGAAUUGAGCAACACGAAGGAGGAACUAAGCAACACGAAGGAGGAACUAAGCAACACGAAGGAAGAACUGAGCAACACGAAGGAGGAACUAAGCAACAUGAAGGAGGAACUAAGCAUCACGAAUGGAGAAUUAUUGAAGGCGAAAAAUGAAUUAAAUUCGAAGGAAAACGAAUUAGAUGACAAUAAAACAAGCACAACAUUACUUCAAGUUGAUUUGAUGGAACUGGAUACGAAAUAUCACCUGUUGGAAGCAAUUACAGACAACACUGAAAAUGAAUUAAUGGUCGCAAGAGAACAGUUGCAGAAAGUUCACAUGGAAAUAAAAACUCUCAAAGGUUUAAACAAAGAACUAGACGGCGAAAAUCAAAAGAUGAAAGAGAGAAUAAGAGAAACAGAGAUCGAAAACGAACUGCAAAGCGAAAGACAAGUUUUAAAAACAGAACUACUUAACAGGAACGAAGAUGAACAGCAAAGUGAAGUUCUUCAGAGUCGAACAGAAGACGAAAUAACCAGAGACGUUGAACAGCAACUUGAAAACGAACUGCAAAGCGAAGGACAAGUUUUAGAAACCGAACUAAAUGAGCUUAAAGAAGAACGUAAACAAAUACUGGAUGAAAACAACGAAUUGAAACUCUCUUUGAACGAACUGCAAGCAUUUAAUGAAACAGUGAGCCUCAAAAACCACGGCCUCCAGCGGAAGGUUGAGAAGUUGACAGAUAAAUGGUUAAGGAGCGAAGAAAAAUUACGCCAGGCACAGAUAACCAACGUCAACCUUCGCUAUACCCUCGACGAAUAUAUUUCCCAAUCACAAGACCAGAUACGACAUUUGAAAAAUCAUGAACGUGAGGUAGCCACCUUAACUAAACAUAUUCACGAGAUGGACGUCCUUGUUCAAGGAUUUAAAACGGCUUUGAAAGAAGCAGUUGAAAAUGAGAAAAACGAAGAAGAGUGCGUUGAAAACGAUCAAAAUGUUGAAGGUACAAGUCUCUCAAAAGAAAGUGGGACCCAAAAUGAGCCUUGUGGUACACCAGAAACAGCAAAGAAUACUAGGGGAAGGAUUUCGACUGAUUCACGUAGUAUUAAUAGGCCGUUAGGAAUGCGAAUAUAA